GUGUGCAAUGAACGGAUGGACCCCGUGGACCACGCCCCGGUCCCAUGGACCGAGCACAGGCACAGAGUUAGCACGAGUUUAGCGCAGCGCUGCUACAUCCGGGCGCCCGCUCAGUUUACCAACCCUGCGAAGAUGGCGACUUCAGGGAGGAGUGCAUUAUUAUCCUCCUCAUCCACUGGACCUAAGACUACAUUGGAAAACUCCAACCCAGAAGAGGAUGAUGGGCAAAAUUUAUGGUCCACUAUCUUGAGUGAAGUGUCAACCCAUUCAAGAUCUAAACUACCGGCUGGCAAAAAUGUCCUGGUCAUGGGUGAGGUGGGCUCAGGGAAAACCACCUUAGUUGCCAAGCUGCAAGGAGUUGAAGAGUAUAUGAAGGGGCGUGGGCUUGAAUACCUCUACUUCAGUGUCCAUGAUGAUGACAUUGAUGACCAUACAAGAUGUAACGCUUGGGUUUUAGAUGGAGACCUCUAUCACAAAGGUCUGCAGGGUGUAGCAAUACCUGUGGAUGCGCUUAGUGACACACUGCUGCUGAUAACAGUUGACAUGUCACGGCCGUGGAAUGCUUUGGACUCUUUGCAGAAAUGGGCGGCCGUUGCAAGGGAACACAUUGACAAACUACGGGUCCCCCCAGAAACACUAAGAGAACUAGAACACAAAAUUGUUAAGCAGUUUCAGGAAUACACAGAACCAGGCAGUGGAGAGGAUGGUACACCACAAAGAAGGAAUGAAGAUGAAGAAAGUGUUUUUCUACCCUUGGGGGACAACACACUUACACAUAACCUUGGAAUACCAGUAGUGGUGGUCUGCACCAAGUGUGAUGCCAUCAGCACAUUGGAGAAAGAGCACGACUACAGAGACGAGCACCUUGAUUUUAUUCAGUCCCAUGUCAGACACUUCUGUCUACAGUAUGGAGCAUCUCUUGUCUACACAUCAGUAAAAGAGAUGAAGAAUCUGGAUGUGCUUUAUAAAUACUUGGUUCACCGACUAUAUGGCUUUCCCUUCCACUGUCCUGCUCAGGUGGUGGAAAGAGAUGCUGUUUUCAUUCCUUCAGGUUGGGACAACGAGAAGAAGAUUGCAAUCCUUCAUGAAAAUUUUCAGACAGUAAAAGCAGAUGAUGGCUUUGAAGAUGUAAUAGUUAAGCCUCCCGUCAGAAAGAUCGUCCAUGAAAAGGAGAUCCAAGCUGAAGAUGACCAAGUAUUUCUGGUAAAACUUCAGACACUCUUAGCCAAGCAACCUGCUGUGACCACAGGACGGCCAGUGGACACAACCAGCAGAGCACCCACAGGUUCUCCAAGGACAAGUAACCGCUCAGCAGCAGCCAAUGUUGCUAAUGCCAUGCCUCAAGCAGGUCAGACUAGUGAGGGUGUUUUGGCAAACUUCUUUAACAGUCUACUGACAAAAAAAGCUGGAAGUGGGCCUCCCGGGACAGGUGGCAACAACACUCCUGGAACAGUACGGAAAUCAGGUUCAAAGCUUGGAAUUAGUGAUGUACAGGCAGAACUGGACCGCAUAUCCAGUCGCGACACUGAAGUAGACUUGUCCAAUGCCAACGAAUCCCCCGCCAAUGAUGGACAAGAUACAUGAAGACCAACACACAUCAAACUCCUCCCUCUUUGUCACCUCUCUUCUCUGAGCCACCUCCUGGCUCUUCAGCCUCACUUCCCAUUUUCCUCUGUUCAUUGUAAAGCUAUGAGAAUAGAGGAAGAUGGACAAGGUAAUGGGGUCGGAGUGGACAGAUUUACUCACACCAUUUUUCACUUUGUCCUAAAUGAGAAGAAGUUGCUGUCCUCCUCUAAAACCUUGCAAAAACAUUCUUCUUCCUCCAUUUUUUUCUUCCUGUCUGUUAUGUGGAGACUGAUGAUUUGCCAUUGUUACAUGCAAGGCUGUCAGUUUCUCAAAAACAAGGAUUUGGGGCCAUUGUAGAGGCAAAAGUUGGAGUGCGAAUCCCAUCUGGAUAGACAAAAAGGGUUAAACCUGAACUUGAUUGGAGCGGGGAGAUCCAUCAUAUUAUUGUGAUGGUCUUGUUACUGUUUUUUACUCUAGAGUUUAAGUGUGCAUGUUGAAAAGGUACCAUAGGACAGGUUGUGUGAAUGUUUGUAUAUGAUGUGUAUGAAAUGGGUCAAAUUUGGCCAGUAUUCUUUGGACAAACAGAACAAAAAUGCCUACAACAAAAUUGCUAAUACACUUGCAUUUCCAAUUAUACACAUUUGAACAAAGGGACAAACAAACCAGUAUUUGUGUGUGUGUGUGUGCGCAUGCGUGUGCGCGUGUGUGCGUACAUGUAUGUGCGUACAUGUAUGUGCGUGCGUGUGUGUGCGUGCGUGUGUGUUUUUUUUGAGAAUCCAAGAGAGAAUGUGGCACAUGUAGAUAAUAUGAAGGAAUUAAUUCAGUGUAGACCUAAUAUGUUGAUAUGAGAUUUUCAUUUGCAACCGAAUUACAGAACAUUACUGGAACAAAGACACUAAUUGUAACAGGUUGCCUGUUGGACUACAAAAGCCCAUAAUACAUAGAGAACACCCUUUACAAUAUUGUUUUAUAUUGGCCAAACCACCACUUGUGUCCAUUAUGUCCAUACUAAUAAAAACAAAAUGCACUGCAACGGUUGUGCAGCAUCUGAAUAGCUAAGCUUUAUUUGUACAGAAAGACACUAGUGAUUCUGUAGUAAGUAAAUACUGGCGUUGAGGGGUUCAGAAUAUGGGAGUGUCACAUCAAGAAUGUACAGUCAUUGUCAUGCUGAUUGGUCCUGUUAUUUCAGAGCUCUGUGUUGGCGUUUGUAUAAUCAAAUCUGUUAAUCAGUCAAAUAAAAGGUGUAUUUAUUCGGA